AACACGCCAUAUUGACUCCAGCUAAAGAAAUAGGGCCGUAACAAUCCAUUGCCAUCCUCUACAAGAAGAGGAACAAUGGAUAGCCAAUACGGCGUAGAGGUUACUAACAAGUUCGCUCUAAACAUAGACGACGACGAUGAUCCCUUUGAAAUCAUCCAGCAGCAAGAAGAGCUGAAAAAGAAGCUGGACACUCAGGACAAAACCAGCCAGAAAUCGAAGAAGGCCAAACAAGCCAAGAAAAAUGUCUUGCAACCUGAAAAUAAGAACAAACAGUCUGAACAAACUGUUCUAAAGAAGGAAGACAAAUCAAACAAUCAGUCACAGUCCAGACAGGACCGCCCGCCUCGCAGUGCAAGACAAAACAGGGAGCCUAGAGAACCCAGAGGAGAUGAUGACAGGCGGCCGAGAAGACGAGAUGAUAAUGUCUCUAAUGAAAAUAGGAAUGAUGGUGGCUUCCAGAGGUCAGAAGGUGGUGGUUUCAACCGACCAGACAGUGGAUUUGGUGGCCGAGGUGGAUUUGGUGGUCGAGGACGUGGUGGCAGGGGCAGUAGAGGAGGAAGAGGUGGUUCUCGAGGUGGUGGUGGCUUUGGUGGUGACCGACCAGACCGUGGAGACCGCAAAAGGGAAUUCGAACGACAUAGUGGCAGUGACAGAACCAGUGGUGUGAAGGCUACAGACAAGCGAGAGGGCAGUGGAUCACAUAACUGGGGAACCUUUAAAGAUGACCUGGAGGAACAGACAAAAGAACCUACAACGGAAGAGACCAAGGAAUGGAACCCCACAGAAAAUGUGGAAAACCAUGAUCCAAACGAGAGCACAGAAUCCACGGAAGCACCUGUUGAGGAUGAAUCCUCGAAGCAGUUGACGUUAGCUGAAUGGAAGGCCCUGCAGGAGAAGACUCGUACGAAAUCCUCAUUCAACAUCCGCAAAGCUGGAGAAGGAUGUGACAACUCCCAGUGGAAGAAGGGAACUGCUUACAAAAAGCAAGUGGAAGAUGAGGAGGAAGAUGACGAAGAGGAAUAUGAAGAGGAGGAUGAACACAGGUCCAAGCAGGUAGUGACGGACAUCCGCAUUACCUUUAAUGAUUCCCCACGAAGGGGUCGCGGGGGAAGGAGGCCUAGGGGUGGCCGAGGAAGUCGAGGCGAUCGUGGAAUGGGACGCGGAGAAAGAAGAGGUGGCCCUCGGGAAUCCGCACCCAAAUUUGACGACGAGAAUGAUUUCCCAAGCCUCGUCAAGGCCUGAAAUGGCAGCUCUUUUCUUCUUGAUAAGGGCAUUCCCCUGAAAUUUUCAGUGUGUAAUUAAAUAAACUCCCAUCUCAUACUGGAGGACAUUUUGGAAUGAAAGCGAGCUGGUGGGCACAGCAUACCAUUUUUGGUUUCUGGAUACUUUUUCACUGAUGCAUCUUUGCAUUUGUUUUUAUAUGACAUUUGUUAAAGAUACUGUAUAAUGAUGAUCGCAUUUCUGUAUCAGACAAGAUACUGAUCAUGGUUCAACAAAUCUGUAUUUCAAGAUACAGUCGUGAUUGCAGUUCCAAUUUUAAUACGAAGGAAGAUUGCAUUUGAUGGAGCUCAUUCAACCUUUUAUAACCGAAAGGAAAGCAAGCAGGGACGGGAUCAGUGUUCAUUUGGAACACAAAUUAGUUGUGAUAGAUCAAUUACUUGUUGUUCAAAUACAUGUAUUUUCUAGUACCAAAUUUGUCUUGAUGUACUACGUGCUGCAUAGGUAGUGCUUCAAGAUUAAUAUAUUUAUUUGUUCUGGAAACAUUUAUGGAGCUGUACACACCCACUUUUCACAAGCCAAGCCAUUGGAGGAGUUGGGACUAAUGCUAAUGAACUCUUAUAUGGCAUUGUGAAAGUAUUCCUACUGUGCAAACCCAUUUUGACAUUAAUUUGAUGGGCGUGCAAGUUCGAUAUUAAAUGCAUUUUCAUCAGAUUGGAUCAUGAAGAAAUCACUAUUAUCCUUAAGCUUAAAACCUUGAUUCUAAUGGCCGUUGAACCAGUCAUAAGAUGCAGCAAAUCAAGAUAUCAGUAUUCCAAAUCUAGUAAGAAAAAUUAAAAAGAUUAAAAAGUGCUGAUAGUUGUGAUUUGUAAUCCACAUAUAUUUCAUGGAUAUCUGUAUAAUUUGAUUUAGCUGCAUCCAACGAGAUUAAGAAUUUAUCAGCCAUACUGAAGGGCAUCUUAUUUGGCAUUUCAUUUGUAUGAAUGAUAAUAAUUUGGCCUUGAAUUUUGCCUUUCAUUGUGGGACAUAUAUAAAACUACCUGCAUUUAUUUAUUUCCAACAUUUAUAGUUGUAGCAUUUUAAAAUUACAACCACCAUCAUUUUACAGAUUUGUGCCAAAGUCAUUUUGACACCAAUCUGAAUCACUUCAUUCCUAGGCCACUUCAUUACAUGGGAGAACAUUUUAUAAUAAAUCACUUUCCAAAUAGGA